CUUUAUUCAUUUACAUUGACAUUUAUGGCAUUUGGCAGACGCCCUUAUCCAGAGUGACUUACAAAAGUGCUUUGAAGUCUCUAGCAAUAAAUACAUUCUGAUACUGACACAAGCUGAGAAUACCAUCAGUCCAAAAACUCUGUUGGGGAGGUAAUAUAGUAACAAGCACUCAGACAAUACAAAGUUUUUUUUUCUCGUUUUUUUUUAAAGUGCUAAUUUAAGUACAGUGCUAAUAAGUAAGCUUAUUCACAUAAACCUGGAUACAUGAAGCAAGAAAAAUGUUGAAUGGUAUAAUGAAAGCUUUGUCAUCUGUGACAUAUACAACAUAUCCAGACAUGCAGGACGACAUCCGGAGCUAAUAAGAACAUCUUGACUCAUAAUGUUGAUUUCACAUGAUUUCACAAGUGUACAGAAGCACCUUGUGGAAUGUUUUAUGUAUGUCUUUAGUAUUAUCCAUGUCUUCUGUCACAUGCACCGCUGCCCAGGUUAGUUUUAAUUUCAGUCUGAAACUGCACAACACAAACAAAUAAACCAGCUUCAGGCAAAGCUUACGAAGGCAUGCAAAGAGAACCUGACAGAGCAAUGAUAUUACCAUUUGGUUUGGUAUUAAUUCACUUUAUACAACCUGUUGUCUCAGCAAGUGUAAAAUCAAUAUAUUAAUUAAAUUUACAUACAUUUACGAUGUUAAUCAUACAUAAUACAAUAACAGACUGGAAAAUAUUUUGCUAAUUUGUAGCUGAUCCUGUAUCACAAGUAAUGAUUCAUUGUUUAUACAAAACAUGAUGAGACACUUAUCUUGAUGACAUUAUGGCAUUAUAUUUCAUUCUUCAGUCAAAACAGAUAUUCCUGUCUGCUCCUCUAUUUCUGUUCCAUUUUUGAGUUGGGCAUGGGCCAUAUCUUAAAAUAUGUGAAAUUGUGCAUGGAGUUUGCCUUCAACUCAGCCACAGAUUCACUGCUCUCUUUUAUUUACUUAUUUGGUACAGUAGCUUUCUCAUAGGCAGAAACUUAUAAAGAGAGAAAAGAGCUGAGAAUUCCAAUACACUAUAGGCGGUGAGGAGAACAUGAAAGUCCAUCUAAUAGCAGGCUAAGGGACAAUUACAAGACUCCACAUGAAAGACUAAAAUGGAGUAAAGAAGAAUGGGCAGCUGCACAAAACAGAUAAUGAGAUAAAGGCUAGCACUCUUCCAGCUAAUGCACGUGGUUAGAUAGAGCACACUGUCUCUGUCAGCCUUAUGAGCUCUCACUCUGUUGACUGGAAGAGUGUUUCUUCGAGUUUGUCUCAGUGCAGAGGGCUGUUCAGAGGGAUUUGCUGUGAUAGUUGAGCUCUUAGCUACAGUGCAGUACAGCGCAGAGCAGUGCUAUGGGAAAUGGGACAAAUGAGAAGAUUGUACUAAAAAUUGGAGUGUCAUAGCAGCUGGUUGGUGUUCAAGGAGUUAAAACAGUCCAGAAAGAUCACAAGAUACAUCUUAUCACAGGACAAUUCUGGAUAUGGAUUAUGGGGAACGGUUAAGAUCAAAACAAUUAGGUGAUGACACUCCAGGAGAAGACAAUCCCUUCCUUACUGUUUAUGACUAUGACAGGAGCUGUGAUGGGAAAAACAUGGCACUCUACGAGGAAGAAAUGGACAGUACUCCAAUGGUGUCGUCCCUCCUCAACAAGCUGGCCAAUUAUACCAACCUGACUCAGGGGGUUGUGGAUCAUGAGAAAGCUGAGAGUGAGGAUGGAGUUAAGAGGGUCACCAUCAAGGGUCCUCAGAUGGGCACUUUUAUUGGUGUGUACCUGCCCUGUGUGCAGAACAUCUUGGGUGUGAUUUUGUUUCUGCGCCUCACCUGGAUUGUAGGCACAGCUGGAAUUUUAGGCUCCUUUGCCAUCGUCUUCAUGUGCUGUGCCUGUACCUUACUGACAGCAAUAUCUAUGAGUGCCAUUGCAACUAAUGGAAUGGUGCCAGCUGGUGGCUCAUAUUACAUGAUCUCCAGAGCACUGGGUCCAGAGUUUGGAGGUGCUGUUGGGUUAUGCUUCUACCUUGGUACAACCUUUGCUGGAUCCAUGUACAUACUGGGCACCAUAGAGAUCCUUUUGAUGUACAUAGUGACAAAUGGAGCUUUGUACCAGGACCACCCGAAUAGCAUGCGGUUGUAUGGAACAUGCUGUUUGGCCCUCAUGGCUCUGGUGGUGUUUGUUGGGGUCAGGUACGUGAAUAAACUGGCACUGGUCUUUCUUUCCUGUGUGAUUCUGUCCAUUAUGGCCAUCUACGCUGGAGUCAUCAGAACUGUCAUCAGCCCUCCAGAUUUCCAAAUCUGUAUGCUGGGUAACCGCACACUAAAAAAUAUCGAAUUUGAAAAAUGCAUGAAGACAGAAGUGAUCAACAACAUAACCUAUACAACAGACCUGUGGAAGCUGUUCUGUAGUUCACCUUUCCUCAAUGCAACGUGUGAUGAAUACUUCGUCCAGAACAAUUUAACAGAGAUCAAGGGCAUUCCAGGCCUGCUAAGUGGAGUUAUCACAGAUAACUUAUGGGGAGAUUAUGGCUCCAGUGGGAUGCUGGUAGAGAAGAAGGACCAGGUGUCAUCUCCAGCAGAGAAUAUCAGAGACUAUCAAAGAAUAUCGGGGAAUAUCAAAGAGCACUUGCCGUAUGUCUACAAUGACAUCACCACUUUCUUCACAAUGAUGGUGGGCAUUUACUUCCCCUCAGUCACAGGGAUCAUGGCGGGAUCAAACCGGUCUGGAGAUCUGAGGGAUGCUCAGAGGUCUAUCCCCAUUGGCACCAUUAUGGCCAUUAUGACUACUUCCAUCAUUUAUAUUUCUUGUGUGGUGUUGUUUGGGGCCUGCAUGGAGGGAGUGUUAUUGAGAGAUAAGUUUGGGCUCUCUGUGAAGGGAAGCCUGGUGGUAGGCGCUCUGGCUUGGCCUUCACCUUGGUUGAUUGUGAUUGGCUCAUUCUUUUCUUGCUUUGGUGCUGGACUACAGAGCCUGAUUGGCGCCCCCAGGCUUCUGCAUGCCAUUGCACAUGAUGGCAUCAUUCCCUUCCUACAGGUAUUUGGUCACAGUAAAUCCAAUGGUGAGCCAACCUGGGCAUUGCUGCUAACUGUAGGAAUCUGUGAAAUUGGGAUUCUUAUCGCUUCUGUGGAUGCUGUUGCUCCCAUUCUUUCAAUGUUUUUCUUGAUGUGCUACCUCUUUGUAAACUUCGCUUGUGCUAUCCAAACACUCCUGCGCACCCCGAACUGGAGACCAAGGUUUAAAUUCUAUCACUGGAGUCUUUCGGUCCUGGGCAUGACUCUUUGUCUCACUCUUAUGUUUGUUUCAUCCUGGUAUUAUGCUCUGGUGGCCAUGCUGCUUGCAGGAUGCAUAUAUAAAUACAUUGAAUACAGAGGGGCAGAGAAGGAGUGGGGAGAUGGAAUCAGAGGGCUGUCCCUAAAUGCUGCACAAUAUGCGCUUAUCAAAUUAGAAGAAGCGCCGCCCCAUACCAAGAACUGGAGGCCUCAGCUCCUGGUGUUACUGAACCUUGACUCUGAUUUGGCGGUGAAGCACCCGCGACUGCUCUCUUUCACGUCUCAGCUGAAGGCAGGGAAAGGUCUUACCAUUGUGUCUUCAGUGCUGCAGGGAACCUAUAUGACCCGAAGUGCUGAGGCCAAAAGUGCGGAAACAAAUGUCAAGGCAUCCAUGUCUGCGGAGAAAACAAAGGGCUUUUGUCAUGUUGUGGCAUGCUCUAACUUGAGAGAUGGUUUCUCCAACUUGAUCCAGUCAGCUGGUCUGGGAGGCAUGAAGCACAAUACUGUCCUGAUGGCAUGGCCCAGCAACUGGAGACAGGCUGAGGAUGCAACCUCCUGGAAAAACUUUAUUGAGACAGUGAGAGAGACGACUGCUGCACACCAGGCCCUGCUUGUGGCAAAGAACAUUGACAUUUUUCCAAGCAACACAGAGCGUCUGGCUGAGGGCACCAUUGAUGUGUGGUGGAUUGUCCAUGAUGGAGGCCUGCUCAUGCUGCUUCCAUUCCUGCUCCGCCAGCACAAGGUGUGGAAAAAAUGUAAGAUGCGCAUCUUUACUGUGGCACAUCUGGAUGACAACAGCAUUCAGAUGAAGAAGGAUCUGCAGAUUUUCAUGUAUCAGCUGCGCCUUAAUGCAGAAGUGGAGGUGGUGGAGAUGCAUGAGAGUGAUAUCUCAGCCUUUACCUAUGAGAGGACCCUAGUGAUGGAGCAGCGUUCUCAAAUGCUAAAACAGAUGCAGCUGUCCAAAACCGAGAGGGAAAGAGAGAUUCAAAGCAUUACAGAUGAAUCCAGGAGUUCCAUUAAAAGGAAGAACCAAACAAAGAGCCUGUCUCCUAACACUUUACAAGUACCUGGCAUGGAAGACCUGGAGCAUGAGGCUCACAUGCUUCAUGAAAGGAAUUCUAAGUGUCAGGGUGGCCACCAAGAAAGGAACAGCCCUGACUCUCAUCAAGUCCACAUGACCUGGACCAAAGAGAAAUUUGUUGCAGAGAGGCAGCGUCACCGUGAGGCUAACCCAGGCAUACGGGACAUUUUCAACAUGAAACCAGAGUGGGAGCACCUAAACCAGUCCAAUGUCAGAAGAAUGCACACUGCAGUCAAAUUGAAUGAAGUUCUGGUCAACAAAUCCCAGAAUGCCCACCUUGUCUUACUGAAUAUGCCUGGACCACCUAAAAACAAGGAUGGUGAUGAGAACUACAUGGAAUUUUUGGAGGUGUUAAUGGAAGGUUUGGAGCGGGUUCUGCUCGUACGAGGUGGAGGAAGAGAGGUCAUCACCAUCUACUCAUAGUUCACAGUGGAAAUGACUAGUACUCAGGGAAGGUAAAAUAAAAAUAGGAAAUAAAAAAUAAAAUCCUUUUAACCACACUGGUACAGGCAGUUAGACCUACAUAAAAAUGCCUCAUUUGGUCAAACAUUUUCUUUAAUCGAUUUUAAGAGGCGCUUAUUUAUAUUUUGGUAGUACCAAUAAUAUAAAUACAGUGUAAAUGUUAAUAUUCUACACAAAGUACUGGCAUUUUUUUCGCAGUGUCCCUUCCACACACAAUUUUAUCCCAGUGGUAAUAUCCAAGUUUCAAUUAGUCAGUUAGAUUUAGUCCUUACAUAUUUUAAGAAAGUGUCACUUUAAACUGAUUGUGCCUACUUUGCGACCUACUGUUCAUUUUAUACACUUUUAUACUACAAUAAAAGUAUAAUAAUAGGUCACUGAGAAUCUAAGUUAAAAAAGCCCAUCCGUUCUACCAACCACAUAUUAAAAAUAUAUUGCAUCUUAAUACAGUGUGACCCAUAGAGUGCUCUCAAAACAACAGAUUUUUCCAGAUUAUAAAUUUCUUCUGAUUCUCACUGACAGUAUGGAUGUGUUCACUUCUGACACAUAAAAUACCAAUUACCAAAUGUUUUUUCAACACCAGAAUGCAAGACACCAGAAUGUUUAUAACAUUUAAAAAAUAUACUUUUUCCCCUGAAGUCAGAAUAUGACAUUUAACAAAAGGCUUUUCUGGUGAUACCAAAUAAUAUCAAAACCCUAAAUCUGUGGGGGUUGAUACUAAAUAUUAAUAUUAUAUAUUAAGCUUUGUUAUAUUACAUUAUAUUUUAUAUUAUAGGCUUUAUUAUGUUAUAUUGUGUGUGCUGUAAGACAAUACAAUUAAUGGUGUUGUCAAUUAAAGUGUUUGUAUUUUUCAGUUGUUCCAUAUAAUAUGCUGCUAUUUUAAUUGAAAAGUGUUUAUUCCUAUUGGCUCUUGAAGGGUGCCAUUUCCUCACAAGAAGAACUUCAUUAUGCAGUUCUUUUAAACCAAAAAAAAAGGUUGCUGUGGGAGAUUCAGCAUGAUGUAGACUGAAUGAUGUGCAUGGUGAUGCAUGUUGCGUGCCAGUAACCAUGCGCUAGAUGAUGAAUCAGCGAUGAAUCUGAUGUUAUAGGAAGCACCUCAUUCAGUCACAAUGUAGAAGAACAAUAUGUUUGUAACUUGUUUAAUAGAGAAAUUGUAGCAUAGAUAAAUUGUAGCAUAGAUAAAUAUGUACAUAGAGAAAACUGUACAUAGAGAAAUCUGUACAUAGAUGGGACAUCACUUAACUUAAAAGAAGAUGUAUUGCUUGAUUGCUUGAGGUGGCCUUCAAGAGAUUCCUGUCUUCAUUCUUAGUCAAACAGUACUAUGUUUUUUGAAUUUGUAUUUGGUUUGGAUUUUUCUUGCUUUCUGGACAUUUCUAAUUACAUACCAAACAUACACAUAAGCAGAUUAAUUUAUGUUAAACAUUUUUUUUUCUCCCAAUAAACUCUCUGGAUUGA